AUGCUUCGAUACCCAUAUUUUUGUAGAAUCUCUAAAGAAUUUCUUUCAUGCUGGUUGGAAUCUGGCAUAUUUAAUUUAGGUGUCUGGCCAAAAAAAAUACACGAUACAGCACAAAGAUAUAAUGAAUAUGAAGCCCAGGAGCAAACAGAUCAAACUGGAACUCAGGAGAUACACAGAUCUCAAGAUAGAGAUUUCGAAGCCAUGACUAAAUUACAUAUUCCGGUAAUGGUGGAUGAAGUUGUUCGUUGUUUGGCACCACAAAAAGGCCAGACUUUUCUAGAUAUGACAUUUGGUUCAGGAGGACAUACAAGAGCCAUUCUACAGAAGGAGUCAGAUAUUACUCUGUAUGCCUUAGACAGAGACCCAACAGCUUAUGCAAUAGCUGAACAGCUUUCAGAAUUGUAUCCUAAACAGAUCCGAGCUAUGCUAGGCCAGUUCAGCCAGUCAGAAGCCUUAUUAAUGAAAGCUGGAGUGCAGCCAGGGACUUUGGAUGGAGUUCUUUUGGAUCUUGGGUGUUCCUCCAUGCAACUUGAUGCUCCUGAAAGAGGUUUUUCCCUCCGGAAGGACGGCCCCUUGGACAUGAGAAUGGAUGGUGGCAGGUACCCUGACAUGCCCACCGCAGCUGAUGUUGUGAACGCUUUAGAUCAACAGGCACUUGCAUCCAUCCUGAGAACGUACGGGGAGGAGAAGCAUGCCAAGAAAAUCGCUUCAGCAAUCGUUCAGGCACGCAGCCUUUACCCCAUCUCCAGAACCCAGCAGCUUGCCAGCAUCGUUGCAGGUGCAUUUCCUCCAUCUGCUGUUUUUGCCCGGAAAGACUUGCUACAACGAUCUACCCAUAUUGCUACCAAGACUUUCCAAGCUUUUCGAAUAUUUGUGAACAAUGAACUCAAUGAACUUUACACAGGACUGAAGACAGCUCAGAAGUUUCUGAGACCUGGUGGCCGCCUUGUUACGCUCUCCUUCCAUUCAUUAGAGGAUCGCAUUGUCAAACGAUUCCUGCUUGGGAUAAGCAUGACAGAAAGGUUUAACCUAAGUGCUAGACAGAAAGUGAAACAAGGAUCGCAACUGGGUUCAGGUCAUGAAAACAAGGAAGGAGGCUCUAUAGGCAGGGCCCCUUUAAUGUGGGAACUGAUACACAAAAAAGUACUUACUCCAGAAGAUCAGGAUGUACAGGAUAACCCCAGAGCACGCUCAGCCAAGCUUAGAGCAGCCAUCAAAUUAUGA